GCUCACAGGGUCAAAGGCCAUCGCCGACAAACCCCACGCAGGCGCGAGCGCGGGCGCUACGCGGGCGCGGCGGCCGAGGAUGGCCUCUCCGAGCGCGGCGGCGCUCAGUUCCCCUCCGGCCGAGCUUGGACAUUAUCGGCGUGCGUUGUAGUGUCGGCGGUGACCAGUGUGACCACCAGGGUGACCACCCAGGACCCAGGCUCAGCGAACAUCGGGUUGAAUCGGAUCCGACGUAGACUCGCAAGGUUGUGCGCGCGACGAGGACAAGAAUAUCAGAGGAGAUGGCAGCGACCGGGGCCGCGGCCAGGGAGGACGUCGAGGACGUCCUGGAAGGCGUCGCCGAGGACCAGACUCCAGACUCCGGCCAGGUAGUGGCGGCGGCGGCGGCGGCCGGGCGCGGCCAGGUGCUGACCGGCCUGACGCACGAGUGCGGUGUCUUCGGCUGCAUCGCCACGGGACCCUGGCCUACCCAGAUCGACGUCGCGCAGGUCGUAUGCCUCGGCCUCGUGGCGCUCCAACACAGGGGGCAGGAAAGUGCUGGCAUAGUGACAAGCCAGGGGAAUAGCACAAAGCACUUCAAUGUCCACAAGGGCAUGGGGAUGAUCUCAAAUGUGUUCAAUGACGACGCCAUGAAAAAGCUCAAAGGUAAUCUUGGUAUCGGCCACACACGGUAUUCAACAUCAGCUGCAUCAGAGGAAGUCAACUGCCAACCUUUUGUUGUUCACACUGCCCAUGGAGCAUUGGCUGUUGCUCACAAUGGAGAGCUUGUAAAUUGUGAAAAGCUGCGUCGUAAGGUAUUAAGUCGAGGAGUGGGACUUUCAACUCAUUCUGAUAGUGAACUUAUUACCCAGGCACUUUGCCUAAGUCCUCCUGAAGGGGAAGGGGACACCCCAGACUGGCCUGCUCGCAUCAAACAUUUAAUGUCUCUUACUCCACUCUCGUAUUCUCUUGUGAUCAUGGAAAAGGACAGAAUUUUUGGUGUUCGAGAUCCAUAUGGAAAUCGCCCAUUGUGUUUAGGAAAAAUUGUUCCAGUAGUGAAGAGUAAAGAUGAUGACAAUGAACAAGAGCCAGAGGGAUGGGUCAUAUCAUCUGAAUCUUGUGGAUUUUUAUCAAUUGGUGCACGAUAUGUUCGAGAGGUUCUGCCUGGUGAGAUUGUAGAGUUGACUCGAAAAGGAGUCAAAACAAUAACAAUUGUGGAGAGACCUGACAACAAACCACAAGCAUUUUGCAUUUUUGAAUACGUCUAUUUUGCUCGUUCUGAUAGUAUUUUUGAAGGGCAAAUGGUGUAUUCUGUACGCAUGCAAUGUGGAAGAAUGCUAGCAAGGGAGUCCAUAAUAGAUGCAGACAUUGUGAGUUCUGUACCAGAAUCUGGAACUGCAGCUGCUCAUGGUUUUGCAAGAGAGUCUGGAAUACAGUUUGCUGAAGUUCUCUGCAAAAAUCGUUACGUCGGUCGUACUUUUAUCCAACCCAACACAAGGCUGCGUCAACUAGGUGUAGCCAAAAAAUUUGGAGCCAUUUCAGAAAAUGUUACAGGAAAAAAAAUAAUAUUGAUAGAUGACUCAAUAGUCAGAGGAAACACAAUUGGACCAAUUAUUAAAUUACUGCGAGAUGCUGGGGCCAAGGAAGUUCACAUCAGAGUUGCCUCCCCCCCACUAAAGUAUCCAUGCUAUAUGGGAAUAAACAUACCAACAAGAGAAGAACUAAUAGGAAAUAAACUUGACCCUGUUAAACUAGCUAAAUAUGUUGGGGCAAAUAGCUUGGCCUAUUUAUCUAUUGAUGGACUUGUGAGUGCCGUUCGACAUGGUAUAAAAAUAAAGGAUGAGAGUCAAAUUGGUCAUUGUGCAGCUUGUCUCACAGGGGAAUACCCUGAGAGUAUUGACUGGUAGAGUACAAUCAAGACUAUUUACAACUAAUGUAAAUAUGUAAGAUACGUGUAGAAAAGCAAUUUGCAAUCACUUAAUAAGAAAUAUAAGUAUUUUCCCUAAAAUAUGUAACUGUGUAAAAACAACAAAAACCUACGAUAUUAUAGCAAAUUUGUCUAAAUUCAUAGUUUACAAGACUCUUUGUUUUCGGAUAGAAUUUAAUUGACAAGCCUGGAUUGACUGAUGUGGUAUAGGGAAUUCUCAUUUCGUUGUAAAGAAUAAUAAUAUUUCCAAAAGAGGAGUUUAGGCCAAUCAUAGCUAACUCGAUCUUUCAUUAAUCCAUCAAUCAAUUGUAAUAAAGAUAUUUAUAAGAAACAA